GCAUUUUUUAUUACUUGCAGUUGUUGGAUUUAAAAGUGAAAAGAUACAAGGUGAAUGGUUUACCUCUGAUUUAAGACGUGAAAUUUCUGCUGAAAGUUAUUAUUAUUGCCCGUGAUUUCUGAAUACAAAAUAGCUAUCGAUUUUACUUUCUAAGAAGUGAAUUAACAAUGGUUUUGUCAAGAAACACUCCUGACACAGGAUGGGCAUGGAUAGUGUUAACCUCAAGCUUCUUUAUUCAGAUGUUAUCUGCAAUGUUUAUCUAUGGCACUGGAAUCAUGAAACUAGCCAUUCUAGAAGAGUUUAAAGAAGAUCUCAUCAAAGUAGACUGGCUUGGCUCUCUUCAUGUAGCAUGUUCUCAAGUUAUAGGUCCAGUGGUCAGUCUUGUCAUCAGUCGCUUCCAUUGUCAACCAACAAUAUUCUUUGGUGGUUUAUUGGUAUUUAUUGGAACACUAAGUAGUGCUUUCAUAAAAAAUAUUUACAUUCUAUAUAUCACAUUCGGAGUAGUGGCUGGAAUUGGCCAUGGUUUCUGCUAUACCCUGAAUGUUGUUGGACUCGGCUAUUAUUUCAAGAAACGACUCUACUUUGCAGCUGGUAUUGCUACUUCAGGUGCUGGUAUAGCCAUGGUAGUCUUCCCACCAGCAAUUCAACGCAUCUUCAACUACUAUCAACUUCAAGGAGGUUUGAUGCUAAUUUCCGCCAUAUGCUUACAUUUCUCAGCCUUUGGACUUCUUAUUGCCCCAAAUCAAUUGGAAAUUAAAUCUAAAAGACAUUUCAAGAAACAACAAUACGUAACAGCAGAACAUAUUCCACAAAGACCUUCCAUUUUCCGGAAUUUAUCCUUUGAUUUCUAUAUCAUGAGUAUCCUUUGGUGGAAUCUUGCCUACACAUUCAUCGCUCAAGGUUUACCAUAUUAUUCAAACUCUACAGGGAAUUCUAAAUACGAAGCUGCAUUUUUAAUGUCCAUUGCCGGAAUCGGCAGCAUUUGUGGACGGCUGUUGGGUGGCAUUACUGCCAAUGAUUCUAAUGUUGACAGCAUUGUGAUAUAUUUUGGUACAUCAGGGGUUUUGGGAUUUGGUACGCUGUUUUUCAAAACAUUCGCACAAACAUAUUUGGGUCAAGCUGUGUUUUCGGUUUGUUGGGGUUUAUAUACGGGUGCUAAUAUAUCCGUCCAAGGACCGAUUGUUGUACGUUUGCUAGGAGUGGAACAGUUACCAGCUGGAUACGGGUUACUCAUGUUCUUCACAGGAAUUGGCUCACUGAUCGGGCCACCUAUUGGAGGUUUGCUGAUGACGUCGGCAGGGAAUGCAGAGAUUAGUUUCGUGGCGGCAGGAAUAGCCACAUUAGUAUCGUGUUUCACGGGGAUAGUAAUUGUGGUGCUCGAGAGAAAUGUCAUGGUACGUUCGAAUUCAAAGCUGUCCACAUCCCGAUCAAUAUCGAUGUCUAUGGGUCGGAUGAGUCAAGGCAAAACGAGAAGUCUUUAUACUUUGAAUGACUUAACGCUAGAGAUAUCACCAGACGCAGAUUGUCGAUACAGAGCUGAGAGCAACAUAUCUGAUGUGUCAAGUUUUCUAUAAUAUUGAAAUAAUAUCUCUAGUCACAAACCAUCUUCCAUACGUCGACUCUGUCCUUCAUUCCUCUGGUACCUGCAUAUUUCCAUAUCUAACGUACUUUAUCCAAAUCAAACGAACAUAAUCGGAAAUAUUAUUGUCCCUAAUAUAUGUAUUUCUACAUUCACGGUGACAGAUAUACGAGGUAGAAAACAGCUAUUGUCUAAUUUUCGGUUUCCUUCGAAAAUUCUACAUCAGAAAUUUUUCUUAUAGAUUUUGUUAAGCCAAGUAGCGCCUGUUUUCUCAGAAGGAACUUUGCAACAAAAAUUUCGUAUAUUGACACAUCAGAAAAAAGAAAGCGUCAUCAGAUAUCAUCUCCAGAAACUUUGAAGGAAUUCGCUGCAGUACCGACAGACAACGUUGUAACAAGAAACGCCAAACGGAAUAAAAUCUAAAAGUCACUUUUCCCUUCUUAACGGUGUUAGAGCAUCGGAUAAAAUGCAUUGCGGUAUUUGUUUUAACACUGUGUUUGGAGCUCAAACCUGGCAGAGCUCAAAUAUGCCUUUCAUUCUUUCUGGGACUAUAGCAAAAGUAAGAAUCCUAGGCAGAGGAAUGGCGAACAUUUAUGAACGUAAGACUUGCUAUUUUGAGAAAAUUGUUCUGGUUAUCUACGUCAAAACGUCAAAAAUUCAACUCGGUCUUACUAGUAAACUUAAUUCGUCCCUCGAAUUAAACUCAUCACAUGACACUUUGACAAUCUUUAGAGGGACCGACUGCUUUACAAGCAUUCAGAUCAGACCACCCUUUGGGAGAUACAUUCCUAUCAUCUUCCCUUCUUCCCAUCACUCUUGGAAAUUCUGUAAUGGAUAUUGAGCACUAUUUUCUUUACUGAAUAAAAGGCUUAAAAAGUCACAAAACAUACAUACGAAAAUAUCACAUGAAUAAAAGAAAAUUAUGAAGAUUAAAAUGCAUAAUAUUUUAUUGUUCUAACACAAUAGACUUUACAUAUCAUUAAGUAUACUAAACACUACAAUUGAAAUUGUUGCAGCAUUUUAAUACCAGAUAAGUUAUUUCUGUGAACUGAAUAUGGCUUCCUCGUAAAUUUCUUGUACUUCCUCUUAUAUUAUCGCGGAGAAAAAUUUAAAUAACACAGGGAAAAGCAACAAA